AGACAGCGAUGGGCGGAGUCUAAACUGCUUGAAGAAGAAGUAGCCCGGCGUCUGGAGCGGCAUCUACACGAGCAGCUACAACACCUCUUGGUAGAGAGGUCGUCAGAUUUUGCUGCUGAAGUGGAGCGACGUGUGGAAGUUGAGCGAGCCGAGAUCGAACGUCAACGCGCUGAGGAGGCUGAACGAAAGGCCAGGCAAGAAGUGGAAGCCGCUUUGAGGCGUGAGGUAAGUGUUUAUGAUAAGUUUCCUAUUUGUGGAGGUGGCCAGAAAAAAGAAACAUAA